AUGUCGUACCGAUCCUCGCCACCACCUUCCCACCGUCCUGAUUCCAGGCCUAUGUCAAUAUCGACAAUUUCCAUGCCUCCAGCCCAUUCCAAUCAACCACUUCAUCCUCAACAUACGCCUCUCAGUAAGCUUCUACUUGACUACGCUCCUAUCGCAUUCCAGUCGGCAACGCAGCACCCGUUCCUUCGCCAGGCUGGCUUGGGUCAGAUAACGACGCAAACUCUCAGUCGCUGGCUCAGCCAGGAUCGCGUCUACGCACAGGCGUACGUCAACUUCAUAGGAGCAUUAAUAGCUCGAAUACAUCUGCCGCACACACACGUCCGAGACAAGGGCGCCUCACUUCGCUGGCGCAUCCUCAAAUUGCUUACCUCUUGUCUGGACAACAUCAAUCGCGAACUCGAUCUGUUCGACGAGACUUCGCGCAAGUACAACCUGCAAUUAGAUCAAAGUCGGAAGCCAGGAACACCAUUCGAGCCACUUUCAGCCACUAAGCAGUAUGAAGGCCUCUUUCGCGCUUUUGGCUCCGACCCGAGCAUGAGUCUGCUAGAAGGCUUGGUCGUUCUCUGGGCAACAGAGACUUGCUAUCUUCACGCAUGGAAGUACGCAAAAAGCUUUUGGCCGGAAGAGCGUUCGACUAACCCAGAUCGUGCUGCGCCUAUGCCGGGAAUCGUGUCACCGGUAGCUCAGGUCGAAUCGCUUCAGUGGCGGCGAGUGAGCGAGCUACCGGGACAGGAGCCAGAGCCUUAUCGUGGUCCGGCAGGUCAGAACAGUGAAGAUCCACGAUUCAAUAUCGAACCACCCACGCCACAGUCUGCCGUCAGUGCAACGACUAUCAAGAGCGGCGGAUCGAGUCAUUGCUCAAAUGACCCAACACAUGCUGGACCGCUGACGCCCGUGUCAGAGCGAGAGAUCCAUGACGCACCCGAGUUAGUAAUACAGCCUCGGAAAGACCUGGAUGGGGGUGCUCUGCGCGAGGCAUUCAUCCCAAAUUGGACGAGUCGGGAGUUUGAAGUCUUUGUCGAAGAGAUUGCUGAUGUAAUGGAUGAGCUGAGCAUCCGAGAGGAGGGCUGGCGGCGAGUAGAGGUAUUCAAGGCUGUCUGGGAGCACAUUCUAGGAAUUGAGGCUGGGUUUUGGCCAGAUGUGUAG